CUUUCAAGAAGUACCUGAUAGUUUAUAUCUAUAUAUAGUUUCUCUUGCUGCUAAUAUUUGUGCAAGUCACAUGAAAAUGGGAAGCAUUAGUAACUUGAGGGUUGUGACUCUCUGUCUCUUGGCAUUAAUUGCAUCAACUCAUGCUCAAUUGCAGCUUGGGUUUUAUGCCAAGAGCUGCCCAAAAGCUGAGCAAAUCAUUUUAAACUUUGUUCAUCAACAUAUUCACAAUGCUCCAUCACUAGCAGCAGCCUUAAUAAGAAUGCACUUUCAUGAUUGUUUUGUGAGGGGAUGUGACGGAUCAGUCCUUCUGAACUCAACCACCAAUCAAGCUGAAAAGGAUGCUCCUCCAAAUCUUACGGUCAGAGGCUUUGACUUCAUUGACAGAAUAAAGAUCCUUGUUGAAGCUGAAUGCCCUGGUGUGGUCUCUUGUGCUGAUAUACUUGCCUUGGUUGCCAGAGACUCUGUUGUAGCCACAGGUGGUCCCUAUUGGAAAGUUCCAACUGGUAGAAGAGAUGGGGUCAUAUCCAACUUGGUAGAAGCCAGAAACAGCAUUCCUGCUCCAUUUCACAACUUCACUACCAUCCAAACACUCUUUGCCAAUCAAGGACUUGAUCUAAAAGACUUGGUCCUCCUCUCAGGUGCUCACACAAUUGGUGUUUCUCAUUGCUCAUCGUUCUCAAACCGCUUGUUCAAUUUCACUGGAAAGGGCGAUCAAGACCCUGCACUUGACAGUGAAUAUGCUAAAAAUCUGAAAACCUUCAAGUGCAAGAACAUCAAUGACAAUACCACAAAAGUUGAGAUGGACCCUGGAAGCCGCAAAACAUUUGAUCUUGGUUACUAUAAUCAAGUGGUUAAGAGAAGGGGUCUAUUUGAGUCAGAUGCUGCAUUGUUGACUAACUCAGUUUCUAAGUCUUUAGUCACUCAAUUGCUUGAAGGGUCAAUUGAAAAUUUCUAUGCUGAGUUUGCCAAUUCCAUGGAGAACAUGGGUCGCAUUAAAGUCAAGACAGGAACAGAAGGAGAGAUCAGGAAGCAUUGUGCACUUGUAAAUAGCUAAGAAUCUUGCCUUGUCUUAAUGAUAGAUGAUGUACCAUCUAAGUAAAACUUGUAUGAUUUAUUUAUUUUUGGUUAUGGUUGUUCUA